AUGAGUGAAUUUUGGCACAAAUUGGGAUGCUGUGUGGUAGAGAAACCCCAGCCGAAAAAGAAGAGGAGACUGAUUGAUCGAAACAUGAUUGGGGAACCAAUGAAUUUUGUCCAUCUGACUCAUAUUGGCUCUGGGGAGAUGGAGGCUGGAGAUGGACUUGCCAUGACAGGUGCAGUUCAGGAGCAAAUGAGAUCUAAAGGAAACCGAGACAGGCCAUGGAGCAAUUCUAGGGGCUUGUAG